AUGGCGAACGAGCAGAUCUCGCUUCCGUACCUGGUGAUGAUAUUGCUGGUCACGGCAUUUGUGAUACGGUUCCUGUUUUUUUCACCAGCGCCGCCGCCAGCGCCGCGACAGAGCGCUGCAUCGGUGCUACGUACACGUGAGGCGGCGGUCGAGAGGAUACAACAGAUGUUCCCGCAGGUGGACAGGCGGACGAUUCUAUGGGAUCUGCAGAGAAACGGCGGGAAUAUCCAGGCGACCUCUGAGAGGAUUCUCGCAGGACGUAUGGAAGCUCCUCCAAUCACCUUUCAGCCCCCUCCUCCACCGGGAGCGAACAACGCCGCGGCCAGCUCUUCAACACCGGCCAAGGCACCCGCGAAGCCCACGCAGCCGGACCUUAUCACGAGAUACAAACUCCAGGACAAGAUUUCGGCGCAGCAGCGGCAAGCGGAAGCGGACGCCGCCACGGAGAAGGAGAAAUCAGCCAAGGGUUGGAGCUCGAACAGGGACGAGAGGCAGUCGCUGUUGCAGAAGCGGAGAGACGAGAUGAUCCUCGCAGCGCGGCGAAAGAUGGAGGCCAAGAUCGCCGCGGAGAAGGCGGCAUAG